GAAACUGAGCCGCUGUUUCUUAACACGGAAGGUUCUAGACAGGUUUGGAAUGGCAUGCUUUUGAAUUUGAUGACUUUCGUAUAAGAGGAUUAUUCUUAUGCUGGUUCAAUUCAAGCAACUAUGUUUGCAAUCUAUAGUUAUUGAAUAUAUCAUGCUUCUUUUUCUAAAUUUGUAUAAAGCUUUCAAGCAUCAAGCUGGUAGCUAUGUUUGUAUCCAUGAAUUCAUCUUUACGUGUAAGAGCCUUAUUCUUUCCCUGGUUGAAUUUAUGCAACAGCGCAAUCAAUCUUUAAUUACAAAAGAGAUCACGCUUCUUUUAUUUUAACUUUAUAGAACUUGUGAGCAUCGAACAACUGGUAUUAUAAAACGUUUACUGAGAGUUAAAAGUUUUAUUUUUUUGGGGCUUUAGUUUGAAUGUAUACUUAAGGUGAAAGGUGAUGUCAGUAUCUGUGCUCAUGACCAUAUUUUAAUCGGAGAAGUUGAAUUCGUUUACACACGGCCCAUCGAAAAUGGAUAAGAAUUGAAAAGACAAAUAUCCUACCUAUUAAAUAUUAAUCAAAACCACCAGUUCACUAAUUCAGUGCCGGGAAAAAUCUGUUAAAAUUCCAAAUCCGUCAUUCAAAACAAGUUUUGUAGUUUCUGAGGGCCAUGCAAGCUCCCCUCGGAUUUCUCUGACUGUUUGGACAAGACACUUCCUAUACUUAUUUUGAGGCUAUAAAACUCGUUGAAUUCUGUUAUGAUAGCUCAAAGCUUACUCCAUAAUUUUCGACUGGCAUUUGGAAAUGGGUGUGUUGAACGUAGCCCUUACACAAAUUCUGAUACCUUUGGCUGCAUUAAUUGGAAUUGGGUUUGCUUUGCUUCAAUGGCUUUUGGUCUCAAGGGUCAGGGUCUCUGCUGCUGAUCACACUGAUGCAGACAACGGAUAUGAAAAAAGCUUAAUAGGAGAUUCAGAAUUGGAGAAUGGUGUUCAGGGUCUCGAAGUUACCAUUAAGUGUGCUGAAAUCCAGCAUGCCAUUUCUGUUGGAGCUACUUCGUUUCUGUUUACUGAGUAUAGGUACCUGUCAAUCUUCAUGGGAGUAUUUGGUGCAAUAAUUUUUCUCUUUCUGGGCUCUGUGAAAGGCUUUAGUACCAAAAGUGAACCUUGCACUUACAACGAAGGCAAUUUUUGUAAACCAGCGCUUGCUAAUGCCAUUUUUAGCACCGUUGCCUUCUUGCUUGGUGCUCUAACCUCUGUCCUUUCUGGCUUUCUCGGGAUGAAGAUUGCAACCUAUGCCAAUGCUAGAACAACUCUUGAAGCAAGGAAGGGAAUAGGAAAGGCUUUUGUUACUGCUUUUCGGUCUGGUGCAGUGAUGGGCUUCCUUCUUGCUGCAAACGGCCUGUUGGUGCUAUACAUCGCCAUCAGUUUAUUCAAACUGUAUUAUGGAGAUGACUGGGAGGGACUUUAUGAGUCCAUUACUGGCUAUGGGCUUGGGGGUUCGUCAAUGGCACUUUUCGGAAGAGUUGGAGGUGGCAUAUACACGAAAGCAGCAGAUGUUGGUGCUGACCUUGUGGGGAAAGUUGAACACAAUAUCCCUGAAGAUGAUCCACGCAACCCAGCUGUUAUUGCAGACAAUGUAGGAGACAAUGUUGGAGAUAUUGCUGGGAUGGGUUCUGACCUAUUUGGGUCAUAUGCAGAAUCAUCGUGUGCAGCUUUAUUUGUUGCGUCCAUUUCAUCAUUUGGAACUAAUCAUGACUACACCGCCAUCUCAUAUCCUCUCAUCAUAAGCUCCAUGGGAAUUUUGGUUUGCUUGAUUACAACUCUUUUUGCAACUGAUCUGUUUGCAAUAAAAAAUGUGAGCCAAAUAGAACCAUCCUUGAAACGACAGCUUCUUAUCUCAACUAUCUUAAUGACUGCUGGUAUUGCUAUAGUCAGCUUCAUUGCUUUGCCAUCAGAAUUUACUCUCUAUAACUUUGGAGUCAACAAGGUUGUCAAGAACUGGCAUCUUUUCUUAUGUGUUGCAAUUGGUUUGUGGGCUGGACUUGUAAUCGGGUACAUUACUGAAUACUUCACUAGCAGUGCUUACAGGCCAGUGCAAGAUGUGGCAGAUUCCUGCAGGACUGGAGCUGCAACAAAUGUGAUUUUUGGACUGGCGCUGGGAUAUAAAUCAGUCAUAGUUCCUAUAUUUGCUAUUGCUGUCGCUAUUUAUGUAAGCUUCAGCCUUGCCGCCAUGUAUGGAAUUGCUGUUGCUGCACUUGGAAUGCUCAGUACCAUGGCCACUAGUCUUGCCAUUGAUGCAUAUGGUCCCAUUAGUGAUAAUGCUGGAGGUAUAGCUGAAAUGGCUGGAAUGAGACAUGAGAUACGAGAAAGGACUGAUGCUCUGGAUGCUGCUGGAAACACCACAGCUGCCAUUGGCAAGGGCUUUGCUAUUGGAUCAGCUGCACUGGUAUCUCUUUCAUUGUUUGGUGCUUAUGUGAGCAGAGCAGGCAUCAAAACAGUAAAUGUGAUGACCCCAAAAGUUUUUAUUGGUUUGAUUGUGGGAGCAAUGCUUCCGUACUGGUUUUCAGCCAUGACAAUGAAGAGUGUGGGGAGUGCGGCUCUCAAAAUGGUUGAAGAAGUUCGCAGGCAAUUCAAAACUAUUCCUGGUCUUAUAGAGGGAAGAGCAAAACCAGAUUAUGCAACUUGUGUAAAGAUUUCCACUGACGCCUCACUAAAGGAGAUGGUACCUCCAGGUGCAUUAGUUUUGCUUACACCACUUAUUGCCGGAACAUUCUUUGGGGUGGAGACUCUCGCCGGGGUACUUGCUGGCUCCCUUGUUUCCGGCGUGCAGGUGGCAAUUUCAGCUUCAAACACUGGUGGCGCAUGGGAUAACGCCAAGAAAUACAUAGAGGCUGGCAUUACCGCGCAUGCUAUAUCACUGGGUCCAAAGGGAUCAGACGCUCACAAAGCAGCUGUCAUAGGCGACACUGUUGGAGACCCUCUCAAGGAUACUUCGGGUCCCUCGCUCAAUAUUUUGAUCAAGCUGAUGGCAGUUGAAUCAUUGGUAUUUGCUCCAUUUUUCGCAGCUCAUGGAGGCUUAAUCUUUAAGCUACUCUGAUUUGAAGUUGUAAUCAUUUAAACCCGGUUAUGCAUAUGUAAUAUGAAUAGGUAGUGGAGCUGUGAUAUAGGUAGUGCUUGUUUAUAUGAAGACCCAAAAAUACAUACUUUGCUUUGAUUUGACCAAAUUUAUGUCAGUGAUCAGGAUUAAGAUCACAUAAUUUAAAUUGAGAGUUUG